GUCAGGUCGCGCGGUGAGGAGCGGAGCAUCUUCCUCCUCCUCCUCAUUCACUCACUCUCUCCUCAUUGCCAUAACAACGGAUGCAGCGCAUCAGUCCGCGCGGGAUCAACGUUCAGCAGCCGCGCGGGGCGGAAUUAAACCCGCACCGGUGCCGUUAAGACUCCGCAAAGGUGAUACACACACGCACGCGCCUCUCCGAACUAUUUACGUCAAACCGUUUAAGCUGCUUGAGGGAGACGAGCGCACGCGGGAGAUCCUCCUCACCGGGGUUAUUCGGUAACGGUACAACCAAGGGAAGGCGAGGGAAGAAAGACAAGCAAAGAGCAGGAAGUGCAGCGUGGGAAAGCGGGGAAAAUCUCCGGGGAUCUCCAGCGCUCACUUCACUCCAUCUACGGUCCUCCCCGUUUUUUUUUCCGCCAUGGCUCGGGAGAACGGAGAGGCCGGCGGGGAUUGCUCGUGGAAGAAGCAGGUCGAUGAUAUCAAGGAGAUGUUUGAAUUCAAGGAGGUGCUCGGGACGGGUGCGUUCUCAGAGGUAGUCCUGGCAGAGGAGAGGUCUACGGGAAAGAUGUUCGCUGUGAAGUGCAUCCCUAAAAAAGCGCUGAAGGGGAAGGAGAGCAGCAUCGAGAAUGAGAUUGCCGUUCUCCGCAAAAUUAAGCAUGAGAACAUAGUGGCAUUGGAGGACAUCUAUGAAAGCUCCAAUCACCUCUACCUUAUAAUGCAGCUUGUGUCUGGAGGAGAGUUGUUCGACCGGAUCGUGGAGAAGGGUUUCUACACAGAGAAAGAUGCUAGUACACUUAUCAGACAAGUACUCGAUGCUGUAAACUACCUCCACAGUAUGGGCAUCGUACACAGAGAUCUAAAGCCGGAGAAUCUGCUCUAUUUCAACCCUCAAGACGGCUCAAAGAUCAUGAUCAGUGAUUUCGGUCUGUCUAAGAUGGAGGGGACAGGUGAUGUCAUGUCCACAGCCUGUGGCACACCGGGAUACGUGGCUCCAGAAGUUCUCGCUCAGAAGCCGUACAGUAAAGCUGUGGACUGCUGGUCUAUCGGGGUCAUUGCCUACAUCCUAUUGUGUGGGUACCCUCCCUUUUAUGAUGAAAAUGACUCCAAACUCUUCGAGCAGAUCCUGAAAGCGGACUAUGAGUUUGAUGCGCCGUACUGGGAUGAUAUUUCUGAUUCAGCAAAAGACUUCAUCAGUUGUUUGAUGGAAAAGGACCCCUCAAAACGAUACACAUGUGAACAGGCCCUUCGACAUCCCUGGAUCGCAGGAGACACAGCGCUCUGCAAGAACAUCCACGAGUCCGUCAGUAGACAAAUGCGCAAAAACUUUGCAAAAAGCAAAUGGAGACAAGCCUUCAACGCCACGGCCGUGGUUCGCCACAUGAGGAGACUGCAGUUGGGCAGCAGCAUGGGGAGCAGCAUGGACCAGUCGAAUAACGCCAACCAGAACCGCAUACUGAACGCCAACCAGACCCCAACCGUACCGCCCAACACCACACCAAACUCCACUCCGGCACUUACCCAAAACCACAAACCUGGUCCCAACGCAAACGCCGUUCUCAUUAACGAUAUGGCUGCAGGAACCACCUCUAUACCACGCAAAGACUGUACUGCCCCUCCCCACACUUCCUGUUCCCUGGCAUCAGCUGCUUCCUCCUCCACCUCAGGGGCGGAGCCCUGCAGGCCACUCCCUCCCUCCGUCGCGUCGGUGAGCACAGUGCUAACUGGGACCAAGUGACGCCAGGUUCUGCGGGGAGAGAGCUGGGAGGCCACCGCCCUGUGAGCCCCGCCCCUCAGCCCGCUCCCCGCCCUGCCGUCCAGUGAGGCAGAGGACUGACCCAUCGCCAUAGCAACCACCGAGAGGCUGAAAACACUGCGCGCGCCUAACGCACUCCUGCCAUUUAACCUCCAGGCCACUAGAGGGUGCGAUGCAUGCGGCGGCAGGAGACGGAGAUUUCCAGCGGGAGGCUUCCAUUUGGAGAAGUGAAUUCACGCGGCUGGACAGAACUGUGAUGUCUUUGCUAUGAAUGUGCUACGAACCUCGCCAGCCAUGAGAAAAAAAAAAAACAACAACGAACGAAGAGCGCAGAGGUUUUAGGUGCGAAAGUGUGUGCAUGAUCGCGUCCGCCCUUAUAAGAGGACGGCGCCAAUGUCAAAUGAUUCUUCUUACUAUAUCGUAAAACGUCUAGCUCUUCCCUCUUUCCCUCUUCUCCCUGUUUACUUUCUCUCUCUACUUCUUGUAUUUCUCGUUAGCUACCAUUUUGAUCUUUCGGGGUUUUCCACUGAUGUGUCACGCUGACCUGCAGAAGUGCUUUUAAUAAUCACGUUAGACUGUUUUGCGACAUUUUUCGAGUCGAGAAUUCUGUUUGCACAUACGAGAGAACAGGUAACGCAAUUGCUGGCGUUUUACGAGGUGGGAGAUUACCGAUUACCGAAGUUCAAGAUAUCUGUUAAAACAUGCAAUAUGUUUGAUUGUUAUCUUACUCUACUGGACUUUUUUUGAAAAAGCGGAGAGAAAAAACAGCUCGAUCCUAUUACUCUCGGCUUCAAACGUGACUUUAAAUACACACAGACAGUCAGUGUUAGUUAUUGAAUAUAGUAUAACUGUUAAUUGCAACACAUACACACACAAAUCUCCCGAAAAGCCAUGGCAGCGUCUUUCUACGCCCAGUGUACGAGUUCUCAGGGAAUUCCGCAGCUGCACUGGGCAUCAUAGUGAUGGUAUCUUUAGUAUCGCCUCCAUGGUUUAAGAUUGUCUCAUCCAGCUGGAAUAAUGUCAAAAGUUAGGAUGAUGGACAGUUGUUUAACUCUCACAACGAUUGUACGACAAUUUGACCAUGCGCGGAAACUGAUAUGUUAUGCUACGUUCACGCCAUUUCGGAAUUAGCCUAGCGUGAUUACAAACUUCUGAUAGAGAGCAAAAGUCGGGUUCUGGAAGUAAAAAUCCCAUCACUUCUAAGCAUUUAAAAACCUACUGUGAGCUACGAGGUUGUUUAACGAUUAUACAGUUGAAGUCAAAAGUUUACACACACCUUGCAGAAUCUGCAUACAUGCAUACAAAACUGCAUGUUAUUUUUUAUUUCGUACUUACCUGAAUACGAUAUUUCACAUAAAUAACAUUUACAUAUAGUCUAUAAGAGAAAAUAUUAGUUGAAUUUAUAAAAAUGACCCUGUUCAAAAGUUUACAUACACUUGAUUCUUCAUACUGUGUUUUUAACUGAAUGAUCCACAGCUGUGCUUUUUUUUCAUGAGUCCCUUGUUUGUCCUGAACAGUUACACUGCCUGCUGUCCUUCAGAAAAAUCCUUCAGGUCCCACAAAUUCUUUGGCUUUUCAGCAUUUUUGUGUAUUUGAUCCUUUUCCAAUAAUGACUGUAUGAUUUUGAGAUCCAUCUUUUCACACUGAAGACAAAUGAGAGACUCAUAUGCAACUAUUACAGAAGGUUCAAACACUCACUGAUGAUUCAGAAGAAAAAAGCAAUGCAUUAAGAGCCGGGGGGUGAAAACUUUUGGAAUUUAAAGAUCAGAUUUAACUUAUUAUUUAACUGAUAAAUUUAACUUAUUUUGUCUUCUGGAAAACAUGCAAAUAUCUUCUGUAGGUUUUGAUGGGCAGUACUACAUAAAAAAAUAUGAUAUUUAGGCAAAAUAAGAAAAAUGUAGGCUACUCAUCUUCAUUCUGUUCAAAAGUUUUCACCCCCCGGCUCUUAAUGCAUCAUGUUUCCUUCUGAAACAUCAGCUUUUGGAUCUCAAAAUCAUACAGUCAUUGUUGGAAAGGGUACAAAUACAAAGAAAUGCUGAAAAACCAAAGAAUUUGUGGGACAUGAAGGAUUUUUCUGAAGAACAGCAGGCAGUUUAACUGUUCAGGACAAACAAGGAACUCAUGAACAACUAUUACUAAACAAACAUUCAGGUGACAACACAGUAUUAAUAAUCAAGUGUAUGUAAAGUUUUGAACAGGGUCAUUUUUAUAAACUGAACUAUUAUUUUCUCUUGUGGACUAUACGUUAAUGUCUUUUAUGUCAUAUUCAGGUCAGAACUAAAUAAAAAAAACAUGCAUUUUGUAUGAUCCCUCUUAUUUUGGUAAAAUAAUUAACAUUUUGCUGAUUCUGCAAGGUGUGUGAAAACUUUUGACUGUAUAUGAUUUUUUAAGUUUAUCGAUAGCAUUAUUUCAACAUUUUUUUAAUAAUCAUGUUUAACUGUGGAUUCCAGGUGAAAAACUACAAUCCCAUUAAGCACUAAUGCUAAUGACUGAUACACUAUAUAUAUAUAUAUAUAUAUAUAUAUAUACAUAUGGCAAAAUACACAAUUAAUAUCUUUAAAUCAGUAGUUUUAGAUUCAUUUGUUGUUUUUAAUUUGAUUGUUAUUUGCAUUGCUUCAUGGGAUUGUAGUUCUUUCCCUCAUUAGAGUGAUUUUUCUCUGAUUUUCAAAUACUUUUUUGCUUCGAAUCAAAGUUGUGAAUCAACUUAAAUGGGAAAAAUGAAUAGAAAUACUUCCAAAGCUGCUGAAAAAUUGCACUCUGUUACGUGGGACUGACCAUUUUAUCCAACCAAUGGCAGACAGAGGAGUGUUUAGUAACCUGUUAAUUAUUUUUGCAACAUUUUGCGAUGCUAGUGCUGCAGAAACUUUUAAAAACAUUUUUGUAUAGAUACUGCUAAAUAUUUCUAUUUGAUAUGUCUAUUCUAUUAUAGCCAGCAUAUUAUGGUGUGCUUUCUCCGCUCUUCCUGAUUUUGCAAAAAAUGUGGCUAUUUAAUGUAUUUCGCAUUUUGUAGUUCUGAGCCGACGUGAACGCAGCAUAACUUUUAGCGACUGUAAACAUCUUUCCAGUACAACUCUGAAAAGUGUCUGAAUUUCUAGCAUUGGUUUUAAGGGCUAAGUUAAGGUUUUUACACUUCCUUAUUGAUGGGCAACUGGUCUUCUGUUCCCGAACGGCUCUGCUUAUUAUGUCCUGUCGGGUUUUUAAAGUGACUGAUGUCUUCUUUGCCCUUUAUGCUUUGUUAAUAUCACAGGAGGGAACCUCGUCUACGGACAAGAUUUAGGAGUGUGUGACAUUUUCCAAAGUGCCAUCGAAUAUCUUCAUGCAUUUCCCAUUAGUUUCAUCCUGAAUGUUUGUUUCGGUGUGGGCGGCGCCUCACCGUGAGGGGUUCAAGCUAAUGGGUUUAUUUUUCAGUCAGGUCAUGCAUGCACCAUUUUGUCUUCAUUUUCACACUCGAGAGGAGUUUGUAAUCUCACAACAGAGAUGCUCAGCAAAUCUUUUCACGAAACUGGGGCGGCGUUAUGUUUUUCUGUCAUGAAAGCUGUUUUCUUUGAGAGCGAAACCAUACUGCACAUUUCUGUUUCAUUCGGAGCCGUUUACGCUGCAAGCAUGAGGUGUUUGAUGAGUAACAGUUGUUUCAAUUGAAUGUUAAGCUCUUUUGACAGUAUCUGUGGGAUGAUGUUCAUUACCACAGGAAAUCAUUUCAGUUUGUCUGUUAGUUUGUAAGAAUAAAAGUCUAUGGAAAGGCAUUUUUGUACACAUAUUUGUACAAAUAUGUGACCCUGGACCACAAAACCAGUCAUAAGUAGCACGGGUAUAUUUGCAGCAAUAGAUCAAGUUGUCUUUUAUGCCAAAAAUCAUUAAGAUGUUAAGUAAAGAUCAUGUUCCAUGUAGAUAUUUAGUAAAAUUCCUACUGUAAAUAUAUUCAUAAAAUUCAUUUUUGAUUAGUAAUAUGCAUUGCUAAGAACUUCAUUUGGACAACUCUAAAGGCGAUUUUCCCAAUAUUUUAAUAUUUUUGCACCCUUAUAAAUUGACCCUUAUGACUGGUUUUGUGGUCCAGGGUCACAAAUGUGAAUCUUUUUCUGUACAAAUAUGUUAUUUGAGCUAGUUAAUCACCUAAUUAACAGUGGGACCAGUGUCCUAAACUUCUAUUUUUUUCUACAAGUUUCUUCAUGUAAACACUGCCUUUGUGCAUUUUGUAUGAAAUUUACCAUGUUUUUGGAAUUGAAUGCAACCAAACAAGGUUAGUAAGCUAUUUUUGUCCAACUAGUCUCUGUGCAUGAAAAAUAUUUAGUGUAAAAACAGCAAACUGUAAGACGUAUUGUACGUUUGCCCCUGUAAACAUUCAUUAUAACAAAAAAUGUGAUUUUUGCAUGUUUUUACAAACUGAAAGAUAUAAGAAAUGAUUUUCUGUGGUAACAGGGCUUAGCAUUUAUGGCCUCAGUGUUCAUGUAGUCUGUGUUUGUGCGUGUCACUUUCUUCUGUGUGUAUUUAUGGGUGUAAAAUGGAAGAAAUUUGUCCGAUAUGCUGGUUUUGCAUUUGUUCAACCCUCAGUAGGAUGUGCAGAAAACGUUUAAACCAAAAUGUUUUGAACUGAGAUAAAUAAAUAUACCUUUACACAGUUACUGCCACUGCAAGCCAAACAGAAAUGUAUUUAAAUCUAAUAAUUAGAUCUAUGAACUCAUAUUAAGAUACUAUAUAGUAAAUACGUGCACACACACGUGCCAUGGCUCACACACAAACCCACAAACAUCCUGAUUAAUCAGUGAGUGCAAUGAAGGACAGAGAGAAGCGAUGUUUCAGUUCACUUCGAUUACAGCAUCACCGUGGUCUGUCUGCGUCCAGAGCAAAUCACUCUGUGUGUCCAAAGGCUUUGUAAAUAGACUGUGAUUGUGACGUGUCUAUCAUGUUGUCCCUGAGGAGAUGUUCGUGUGUACGUUGUCUCAUCUCGUUCUCUAAACACUGCCUUUCUCUGCAGUUAUCUGUAACACACACACACAGAGAUGUAUAUUCACAAACCCGUCUCUCGCUCAAUGUCGUAUGAGAAAAACACGUUUCUAUUGUACAAACUUCAGUCUGUGCACUUCACGCGCAACAUGGUGAAUAUUUAACGACGAUCGGUUGUGAUGCACCUUUUCCUGACGUUUUCUUUCUUUUUUUUACCAACUCAGGCGUCACUUUUGCCUCUUACGAUGAAAAAGCUGUGACUGACAAGUGUCUGUGCUACCCAGUGACUGUGCAGUUUUAAACUUGUCCCUUGAAUGUCGACUUCUUCGCAAAUUAAAGCAGAAAAAACCUUGCAACUGCAUCGAAUGAUUUUCUAACUAAUUGCGAGCAUGUUAAAUGCGCUUUCCGAUUCAACCGAUUGUUUGCGUACUUUCAAAAGUCCUCACCAUGUAACUAUAUGUAUGAAGAAAUAUGUCUCUAUCUAUAUGAAUAUAUAUAUUUAAAAAAAUGCAACUCUGAUCAUGCAGGCCUUGUGAUCUCUGCAUCUCUGCCACAAGCUGUCCGAAAUAAAAGUUGCCCAGUGAAAUGUGAAUUAUAUACUCAUAUGCAUGUGACAAUGAUGAUCAUAUUUUGGGAGUGGCAUACGAAUACUAACUUUACUGUGACGUGAUCUUCUGUUGAUAUGGGGCUUGUAUAUCCAAUGCCUUUGACAAUCAUCUGCACAUAUCAGAGUUUAUAUUCCAUGCUGUAAAGCAAUGGGGAAUGAAUGAUUGUUUCUUUUUUCUUUUCUUUUUCUUUCCUUUUUCCUUAAAUAAAUCCUGAAUGAUCA